AUGGUAGGAGUUAAAAAGAAGACAAAAUCGCUUGCCGAACAGAUUGCUGAUCUCGAUGACCCGACUCCAAAAGACUUUGAUCCCGAAGAUCAAAAUGAUCACGGACAGACUAGCGAUGAUGAGGAUCAAAUAUCUGGGGAUGAAGAAGAUUUAGAGAUUUCUGGCCGCGAACACUAUGAAGUUGUUGGGAAGAGUAAACUCCGCAAGCCAUUGCCGAUCGAGCUCGGACGCGAAUAUGCAGGCUCUCGGAUUAGCAGAAAUGCCCUGGACGCGGGCGACAACGAAGAUGGACCGUUCGGAUUAGGCGAAGAGGACCUCGAGGAUUCAGAUGAUUCCAAGAUAUCUGGACCGGAGGACGAUUUGGAUGACGACAGCAUGGGUGGAAGUCACGGAAGAGGAGACGAGGAUGAGGAAAUGGACAGCGACGAUUUGGAGGACGACGAGGAGGCAGAUGAGGAAGAUGAAGAGCAAGAGGAGAACCCUUCUCGCCGAGCAGCGGGCGUAUCUGACGAACGGGAUGAGCUGCGCCGCCUAAUGGCAUCUGACCAUAAAGCUGUGGCCGCAUCCAUAUCUCAAGCAGCCAAAGCUGAUGCUGCGAAGGGUGCUGCCGUCAAACGACAACGACGCGCAUUCGACGCACUUCUCAACAGCCGAAUAAAGCUACAGAAGGGUAUUACCUCGAUCAAUAGCAUUCCCCCCGACGCUGAAGUGGAUGUCUCUACACAUGCGGAAUUAAUCAAAUCCGCUGAAGCGGCCGCACUCGCUCUAUGGAACGCAUUGGAUGACUUGCGCCAUACACUUGCCGAUUCUCGUUUCAAAGACAGCUCUACGUCCUCCAAAAAACGCAAACGAACGCCGAUCGCCCCAGACACACCAUCCUCGGAGAUAUGGAGCCGGAUGAACGAUCUAGAAGUUCAGUUUCUCCCUCAUCGCCGCGCUGUGCUGGACAAAUGGUCCCUCAAGGCCCGCGGCAUCCGUGCUGCCCUACCGUCCAACCAAAACAAACUCCUCGCCAAAAAUUCCGACCAUCAAACCAUCACCGCCGUUCUAGAUGCCCACAUCGCCACCGAAACAUCAGCAAACACCACCCACCCGCAGAGAAACGGGGACAUCCAGGCCCAAACGCCUUCAAGUAUCGUCUAUAACGACACCGCAUUCUACCAGUCCCUCCUCCGCGACCUUGUCGAGCAACGCAUGUCGUCGUCCGCUUCCGCCGGUAUUCUCGACUCCCAGCUUCCGUCCCGACUGACGGGUUUAUCCAUCCACCCUACUACAGGAAUGCGGAAAGACAAGGUCAAGCGCGCUGUGGAUACGAAGGCGUCAAAGGGUAGGAAAAUGAAGUACAAUGUCCAUGAGAAGCUGCAGAAUUUCAUGGCGCCAGAGGAGAGAGGGUCAUGGGGUGAUAGGGCGAGAGAGGAGUUUUUCGCAUCAUUGUUGGGGAGAAGCGCUAGAGAGGUGCUUGGAGAGGAAUCCGAGGACGAAGGCAUGAAUGGAGUGGCCAGUGAUGAUGAAGAUAUGGAGGAGGGUGGGCUUAGGUUGUUUAGGAAUUAA